UCCCUGCUAGACUCACACAACAACUCUUCCAGAACCUGAGAGAGGAAUCAAAUUCAGCAAACAGGGACUGAGGAAGGAGGCUAAGAAACUCUGAAAUAAAAGCAAGAAACCCUUAAACGAGAUCCCAUUGAGAUCUACAGACAGAGAACGACAGAAGACUUUCUUUUGACUUAAAGAAUAUUGAGCAAUGGCUUCAGGAAAAGUGACAGCUCUGCUCGUGGUUGCUCUGCUCUCCUGGGUAUGUGAUGCCCAGGAUUGCAAUGGGGAAUGCCAAUGCCCACAGAGGGUACCUGAAUGCGAACCUGGUGUCAGUCUUGUGCAAGAUGGAUGUGGCUGCUGUAAAGUAUGCGCUAAACAACUGGGUGAACUCUGCACCGAGAAAGACGUGUGUGACCCUCACAAAGGACUUUUCUGUGAUUUUGGGUCAAGAAUGAACCGAAAAAUUGGAGUUUGCACUGCCAAGGAAGGUGCCCCAUGUGUAUUUGGAGGCAUGGUCUACAGAAGUGGAGAGUCUUUCCAAAGCAGCUGCAAGUACCAGUGCACUUGUCUAGAUGGAGGAGUAGGCUGUGUUCCACUAUGCAGCAUGGACAUCCGUCUCCCUAGUCCUGACUGUCCCUACCCAAGAAGAGUAAAACUGCCUGGCAAAUGCUGUGAAGAAUGGGUCUGUGAUCAGCCUAUGGAGAAGACCAUGGUUGGACCUGCUCUUCCUGCUUUCCGUAUGGAGGAAACAUAUGGGCCUGAUCCAUCUCUAAUCCGAGCCAACUGUUUGGUGCAGACCACUGAGUGGAGUGCUUGCUCAAAGACCUGUGGUAUGGGAAUCUCUACUCGCGUUACCAAUGACAAUGAGCACUGCAGACUUGAGAAACAGAGCCGUCUCUGCAUGGUCAGACCUUGUGAGGCUGAUCUGGAGGAAAACAUUAAGAAAGGAAAGAAAUGCAUCCGCACUCCAAAAAUUUCCAAACCAAUCAAGUUUGAGCUUUCUGGCUGCACAAGUGUGAAGACCUACAGAGCCAAGUUUUGUGGGGUUUGCACAGAUGGCCGUUGCUGCACUCCUCACAGAACAGCCACCCUCCCAGUAGAGUUCAAGUGUCCUGAUGGUGAGGUCAUGAAGAAGAAGAUGAUGUUCAUUAAGACAUGUGCAUGCCAUUACAACUGCCCAGGAGACAACGACAUCUUCGAGUCCAUGUACUACAGAAAAAUGUAUGGAGAUAUGGCAUAGAUCCAUAGGAACACACCUAAAAAGACUGUAUAACUUGAAAUGACUUUGCAUCUCAUUGCUAAACAUCAUUUUAUAGCACAAAAUCGUAUUUAAGAUUGUUUAAAGGAAGGUCUUUUUUUUAAGACUUGAUUGUUGAAUGACCCCAGCCACUGGUUUGAAGAAAGUAAGAUGAACCAAACUACCAAAGCUGCCCUGGGUACAAUAUAAUGUCCCUGUACAUUCGCUGGCAUCAUGCAGUAUUCACUGAGUACAGUGAUCUAUUUUGUACCCAGUAAUGCAACUGGAAAAAGCUCUUACUAUUUUUAUAUACAAUAUAUAAUGAACCCGCACCGAGGCAGUAACAGCUGGAGUUCACACUCUGGCUCCAUUUUGGUGCUAAAUACAGUAAGUUGUCCUUGUGGGACAACUCAUUUUUAGCAAACCCUAAGUAAACCUAUUGAGUGGAAUGGAAACCAUGUUUGUAACAAGACUGGAAAGUUUGCAGCAUGCUGUAAGGCGUGUUGUAAUCUUGCUUUUUAUAGUUAUUGUACAUAAUGUAUAUAUAUUUUUGUACAGUUAUCUAAAUUAACUUAAAAAUGUUUUGUUCCUGUUUUCCAUUUUUAUAAUGCUUUAAUA